AAACGGAUGAGUGCAAACUGAACCGGAACAUCUGCGGCCCCGGAGAGUGCGUGAUGGGUCCGGGGGGGUACAGCUGCAUCUGCUACCCGGGGUACCGCUGGCACCCCCAGCGCCGCGCCUGCACCGAUGUGAACGAGUGCGAGGCGGAGGCGGAGCCGUGCGGGGCGGGGCGGGGCCUCUGCAUGAACACCGCGGGCUCCUACACGUGUCAGUGCCGCCGCGGCUUCCGACUGAGCAUGCGCGGAGGGGCCCGCGCCUGCGCAGAUAUCAAUGAGUGCCUGGAGGGUUCCUGCCCUGAGGGGAAGUGUGAGAACCACCCCGGGGGCUUCGUCUGCACCCCGUGUCCCCCCGGCUUCCGCGGGCACCACGGCGCCUGCUCCGACGUGAAUGAGUGUGAGGAGGGGUCUCCCUGCGCCCCCGGACUCUGCCUCAACACCCCCGGAUCGUAUCAGUGCCAAUGCCCCCCCGGCACCCGCCCCACGGCGGAGCCCCCCGGCUGCCAAGACGUGGAUGAGUGCGCGUUGGGCGCCGCCUGCGGGGUGGGGGGGGAGUGCCUCAACACCCCCGGAUCGUUUCGCUGCCGCUGCCGCCCCGGAUUCGCCCCCCGGCACGGCCGACGCUGCCUCGACAUCGAUGAGUGUGCGCUGCAGCCCGGGCCGUGCGCCCCCCCCGGCUCCUGCACCAACACCGAGGGCUCCUUCAGCUGCAGCUGCCCCGGAGGCCUCGCGCCCCACGGCCACCGCUGCCCGCCUCCGGAGCCGCCGCCGCCGCGGAAGCUCUGUUACCUCAAUUUGGACGAUUCCAUCCUCUGCGACUCCGUCCUCGGCACCAACGUCACCCGCGGGGAGUGCUGCUGCUCCCUGGGCGCGGGGUGGGGCGACCUCUGCGAGGUGUUCCCCUGCCCCCUGCCCUCCUCCGCGGAGUUCGUGGCGCUCUGUCCCGACGGCCGCGGAUUCAUCCCCGAUGAGGGUCCCCCCCACGGCGCCCGCGGGCUGCGCGACAUCGAUGAAUGCGAACUCUUUGGAGCGGAGAUUUGCAAAGAGGGGAAAUGUGUGAACACUCAGCCGGGAUUUGAGUGUUACUGCAAACAGGGGUUCGACUACGACAGCGCCGUCCGCCAGUGCCUCGGUGGGG